CUACGACAAAAGGAAAACUCGAGCGCGACGGGUAAGAAAAGAGCAACUUCCGCAGAGAAAGUUAGGGCGGGCGGCGAAAUAUGUAAUGAACGCGGGCGAAACGAAUCGACCCUCAUGGUCACUUUUGCCACGUGGGCAAGGGAGCUCUCGGCGGGAGGAGAGGCAAGGCACGCACACUUACUCAUUUGUGUGUGAGUGCGGCUGUGUCCACGUCAUCGUUCGUCUCCACUUCCAACGGUCUCCGCUGGUCUGCUUUUGACGGCAACGCCGCACGAGGAGCGCAACUGGCGGCCGCCAGUCCAGAGACAGACAGGUCUUCGUGUAGGGUGCGGGGAGGACACGUGGCAGCAUAGCUAACGAGUUGUGGAUUCAGAGAUCGUUCGCACUUGGAGGCAAAAACUUAACUAUAACUGCGCACCUACUCGUUUGUGUUUGGAGGGACCGGACCUAUAGAAGCUCUCUGGAUGAGCGACAGGGUCUGUGGUGAGGCUAGUUUGUUGUGGGAUGGUCUAGGGUCAUAGACAGAGGAGAGCUUGCGAACGGUGAAGGACGCCAUAGCCGCGGAGAGACUGUAGGAAACGGUCUCGGCGACGAAGGGGGUGUUUCAGACGGCCGCAGCUGACGCCAGUUUUUUCCAUCAACAGAACUAUCAGACCCUCGGGAGCGUAUACCGGAGAAGAGAACCAAUGGAUGAAAGGCAGCAAAACAUUUAUGGACUUUACGGGCAACCUCAGGCAAUGUCGCAGUCGCAGCAACAGCAGAACCAGCAGCAACAGCAAGCUCAUUAUAACUACUCUGGGGGUGGUUAUGGACAGCAACAAGGGCAGGUUCCGACGUCUAAUACUGGGUAUGGCCAGCAGGUAGCUGGAAGUGGAGGGUAUCAGCAGCAGGCAUAUGGACAACAGUCCUAUGGGCAACAGGGUUCUGAACAACAACAAGGGUAUGGGGGCAGUGCUGGGCAGUAUGGGGCCUCACAGGCUCAGCAGAUUCAGCAUCACCAGCAACAACAGGGCGGAGUUUCGCAGUCGUUGCCAUGGGCGCAGCAGCAGGGCGGCAUGGGGGAUGACCAGCAGAGGGUAAAGCUGGGAAGCGGACAGUCUGGUACUGUUCAGGAGUAUGGUAUGGGGAUGACUAGAGGUGGGGGUAUGCCGCCACCUGGGUUAUCAGCAUCUGGUUAUGGAGGUGGAGUCAGCACUGGACAGAUGUCUGGGAGUCAGGGCGUUGGUGGCAUGGGUGGAAAACUUGGUGAUUACGGUUCCGGGGGGAGCCAGGGUGGAACAUAUGGCUCUAAGGCUGUAGACUAUGGGAUGGGAGGUGGGUCUGUGGGACCUGCUGGAGGAUACAAGACGGAUUAUAUGGGCUCUGCAGGUGCUGCAGGAGCUCUUGGUGGAAGUGUUGGCUAUGGUGGCAAGGGCUCCGAUUACACUGGUGGGUACUCUGCAGGAGGCCUGGGUGCCACAAGUCCUGGCUUGCAUGCUGGAUAUGGCUCCAAUCUGGGUUCUUCUGGUUCAAUGGAACGAUCAGGAGGGCAUGGGGGUCAAUACGGCCAACAAGCAACUGCUGGUUAUGGUCGAGGUGAUGCGCAGGCCACAGUGUCACAAGACUCAAUUCACAAGGAGAAACUGCGUGAGACCGGCACACAACAGGCGCACCUCAUCAGGCAGCAACAGGCAUUACAACGUGCACAGGCCUUAGCGGCUGCCAUGCAGCAGCAGCGACAGACGGGUGCUGAUGUUACUGGGAGGUCACAAAGCGAUUACUCUGGCCGUGGCAGUGCUGGCAUGGCUGUGGGAGCGAGCAGUCCAGGAUCAUCAGAAUACACCACAAGCCGAGGUGGUCAGGCAUCUGCAGGGCAGUUUGCAAGUGGUGCAUAUGCUACCAGUGUGCGUGGGCAGUCAGACGGUGGUCGGGGAGGUGGUCAAACAUAUACUGCACAGACAGCGUAUGGAGCUUCAGCAGCAGGGCGUUCUGUCCCUACCAUAAGUGGAGGGGCGUAUGGCAGCCAACAACAAGCACAAGGGGGAAGUGCUUAUAGCAGCCCAGCAGGAGGGCGUGCCUAUGGAGGUGCCGCAUAUGGCAGUGUCUCACAAGGCCAGCAACAUGGAUCUAGUGCUCAGCAGCAGCAGAGUGGAUAUGGUGGUGUUGCAUUGCCUCCUGGUCGGGACUACUCAGCUAGUCGGAGUGCAGGAAGCAGAGAGCAAUCCCAUGGAAGCGGCAGGGCGCAGGACAGUACAAGCAAGUCGAACAUGACCUCACGUCAUGAUGACCGUAGGGAUGAUCGAAGCACGAAGAGGGAUGCAGGCAGAGAGAGAGAUGGUGAUGAGCGAAGAAGAGAUGAUGAGAAGCGUCGGGACACACAUAGAGAUCACCGUGAUGCAAGGGAUAGGAGAGACGAUGAUCGUCGGAAGAGGGAGAGCCCUCCAAGGGCAUCACGAGAUCGGAAGGAGUCAUCGCCACCAAAACGGGAUGACAGGAGUGCUAGGAAGGAGUCCCCACGCCGUGAUGUAUCAUAUAGGCAUUCAUCACCAUCUAUCAAGGAAAAGCGAAGGGAGUAUGUCUGCAAGAUUGAAACAUACAAUUUAGUGGAGGUGGAGAGGGACUACCAGUCUGUUUGCCGGAGAUAUGCGCGGAUGUACAUUUCGCCAGAGUUUUCAAAGGUGGUUGCGUGCUGGGUGGGCAACGAAGUGGAAGUUCCUCUCGAUAAACCAGUCAGCUUUGAGCAUGAAGCUAUAGACGUAGAAGACGAGGGAGAGACCAAGGAUGCUGCGUCAAAACUCUCCGAAAAAGUGGCUGCACCGUCUUCUUUGUGGUCCGCUUCAUCCUCAGCAAAUAAGCCGCCGAAGAUGGGACCUACUGUGUGGAAUGCUAAGGUCAUGUUGAUGAGUGGACUGGAUGAGAAUGCACAGAAAGAUUUGGCGACUGAAAAGGCUGCGGAUGAGAAGAUACUGCACCUUCACAAAUUGAUUGGAUUUGUUACUCUACGCAAGGAGAGAGAGCGCAGUGCAAUCAUGAGUGUUGGUGGCACGUGGGACAAGGAGCUAGAUGGUGGAGACCCUGAGGUGGAUGAUAGUGUGCUCAUCAGAACUGCGAUCAGGUGCACAAAGGAGACGAUUCAGGUGGAUCUCAGUGAAUGCACAAGCUGGAUGAGGUUCAUGGAGGUCCAUUACGAGAGGGCUGCCGAGGACGGUGGCCCUAGCCACAAGGAGAUCACUGUUGUCUACAUUCCCGACGUACACAGAUGCAUACCAAGCACGGAACGGUGGAAGGAAAUAUGGAAUGAGAAGCAAGAAGCAAAAAGGAGGAGGGAAUCUGAGUCCAAGGACGCCAAGAGCAAGGAGGAAGCGAAAGUCAAAGCGGAUCUGAAAACCAAGGAUAAUCCAAAAACGAAAUCGGAAGGCGCUGAUGAUAAAAUUGCUGAAGCAAAUGGGGUAAGGAAGGAAGAAGAAAAGACGGAGAGCGAAGUGGAUGAAAAGGACAGAAAGACUGUGGUCGAGGAGCCUCCCACUGGUCCAGCUGUUGUCGUAUCCACCAAAAGAACCAAGCUGUCGAAGGUUGGUUUGAACAUCUGUAGAGGCUCUGGUCUUAUCCCAUGGGGAUUGUUUGGACAUGGCGCCUGGAAUAAUAGAUAGAUUGGCUCUUAAGUCCUCUUUAAUCCGAUUUGUCCGGUUAUUUGAUAAGCAUAGUGAUUAUUUGGUAAAAGUUACUUGCAACCGCACGAGCCGCUCAUUCG